CAGAGUAUUUAAAAGCAAGGGAGUGGCAUCAUAGUUCCCUUCAUCUCUGCGUAGGAUCUUCUCCGUGAGCUGCAGGAACAAGGAACAGAGCCAUGCCUGGAGUUGUUUGUACGAAUCUGAACGUUACACCUGGCCAGAAGAUAACAGUGAAAGGUGAUAUUCCAUCAGGAUGUAAGAGUUUUGCAGUAAAUCUUGGCAAAGAUGACAAUAAUCUUCUACUACACUUAAAUGCACGUUUUGACAUUCAUGGAGACAUAAGGACCAUCGUGUGCAAUUCCAAGAACCAAGGACAAUGGGGGAAGGAACUCAGGGAGACCAAUUUCCCUUUCCAGGAGGGUGGACCUACUGAGCUGUCCUUCAUACAUGACAAAAAAGAAGUGACUAUUACAUUGCCUGGAAACCAUCAGUUCAAGUUUCCCAAUGAAACUGGUUUGGAAACCAUUACAUUUAUCUGCACAGAUGGAGAGCUGAAAUUCAAAAGCGUCUCACUAGGUUAAACAACCUCCUGACCUGUUUACCUUUUUUUCUUAAUAAGGCAGCAAAAUAAAUGCAACUGAAUUCUGGUC